AUGCUGUCUUCCCGCAUUUCUCGCGCGCUCCCCCGCGCUGCUUUCGCUCGCACUCCUGCCUCCAGACUCCCUGCCACCCGACGAUGGAACUCCACGGAAGGUGGUGAGGGGAAGGUGAAGGGCCAGGUCAUCGGUAUCGAUCUGGGUACCACCAACUCCGCCGUUGCCAUCAUGGAGGGCAAGACCCCCAAGAUUAUCGAGAACGUUGAGGGUGCUCGCACAACUCCCUCCGUCGUCGGUUUCGCCCAGGAUGGCGAGCGUCUCGUCGGUAUUGCCGCUAAGCGUCAGGCCGUUGUCAACCCCGAGAACACUCUUUUCGCUACCAAGCGUCUCAUUGGUCGCAAGUUCACCGAUGCCGAGGUUCAGCGUGACAUUAAGGAGGUCCCCUACAAGAUCGUCCAGCACACCAACGGUGACGCCUGGGUCGAGGCCCGUGGCCAGAAGUACUCGCCUUCCCAGAUCGGUGGUUUCGUCCUGAACAAGAUGAAGGAGACUGCCGAGGCCUACCUCAGCAAGCCCGUAACCAACGCAGUUGUGACUGUUCCCGCCUACUUCAACGAUAGCCAGCGUCAGGCCACCAAGGAUGCCGGUCAGAUUGCCGGUCUGAACGUUCUCCGUGUUGUUAACGAGCCCACUGCUGCUGCUCUUGCCUACGGUCUGGAGAAGGAGGCCGACCGUGUUCUCGCUGUCUACGACCUGGGUGGCGGUACCUUCGAUAUCUCCGUGCUGGAGAUCCAGAAGGGUGUUUUCGAGGUGAAGUCCACCAACGGUGAUACCCACCUGGGUGGUGAGGACUUCGAUAUUACACUGGUCCGCAACAUCGUUGAGCAGUUCAAGAAGGAGUCCGGCGUCGACCUGUCCGGCGACCGCAUGGCUAUCCAGCGCAUCCGUGAGGCCGCCGAGAAGGCGAAGAUUGAGCUGUCUUCGUCCCUUCAGACCGAGAUUAACCUCCCCUUCAUUUCUGCUUCCGCCAGUGGCGCCCUCCACAUCAACCAGAAAAUGACGCGAGCCCAGCUCGAGGCUCUGGUUGAUCCUCUCAUCAGCCGCACCACUGAGCCCGUCCGCAAGGCCCUCAAGGAUGCCAACCUCCAGUCCAGCGAAAUCCAGGAUAUCAUCCUGGUCGGUGGUAUGACCCGUAUGCCCAAGGUCACUGAGUCUGUCAAGUCCAUGUUCGGCCGUGAGCCCUCCAAGUCGGUUAACCCCGAUGAGGCGGUCGCCAUCGGUGCCGCUGUUCAGGGUGCCGUCCUGGCUGGUGAGGUUACCGACGUUCUGCUGCUCGAUGUUACUCCCCUCUCCCUCGGUAUCGAGACUCUGGGCGGUGUCUUCACCCGUCUGAUCAACCGUAACACCACCAUUCCCACCAAGAAGUCCCAGACUUUCUCUACCGCCGCCGACAUGCAGACCGCUGUUGAGAUCAAGGUCUUCCAGGGUGAGCGUGAGCUUGUCAAGGACAACAAGAUGCUGGGCAACUUCCAGCUGGUUGGCAUUCCGCCUGCCCACCGUGGUGUUCCUCAGAUCGAGGUCACCUUCGACAUUGAUGCUGACUCCAUUGUCCACGUCCACGCCAAGGACAAGUCCACCAACAAGGAUCAGUCUAUCACCAUUGCCUCAGGCUCCGGUCUCUCGGAUGCUGAGAUUCAGUCUAUGGUUGAGGAUUCCGAGAAGUACGCUGAGGCAGACAAGGAGCGCAAGGCCGCCAUUGAGGCCGCGAACCGUGCUGACAGCGUCCUGAACGACACUGAGAAGGCCCUCAAGGACUUUGAGGAUCGUCUCGACAAGGCUGAGGCUGACACCAUCCGCGAGAAGAUUGCCACCCUCCGCGAGUUCGUUGUCAAGAACCAGGCUGGCGAGGGUACCGCUACCGCUGAGGAGCUCAAGGCGAAGGUUGAUGAGCUCCAGACUGCCUCCCUGACCCUGUUCGACAAGAUGCACAAGGCCCAGAACGAGCAGCAGCAGCAGCAGCAGGGCGGUGAGCAGCAGGGUGAGAACAAGCAGUAA